AUGUCCACCCCGAUCCCGAACGCAUCUGCGUCUGACAAGCACGUCCACGCCGAGCCGCCGUCGUGGCUCGGCUCGAUGGGGGGUCUUUUCGAGCCGGUUGCCGCGCCGCUCGCUAGCACUUUUGAGCGCUUCCAUAAUUGGAAGGAGUACAUGGGUCUCAGCCAGCCCGGGACAGUUGAGAACCUCACGCGGGAUGUGACGAACACCCACAUGUCCAACUACUUCUUCGAGGGCGCGCGCGCCGACCUGUCCAAGGUCGUCUCCCCCAACCCCGCCUUCCAGAUCACGCACAGCUUUACCCUCGGCGCGCAGAAGUCGUCGUACAUGCUCGGCGCCCUGUUUGCCGACCAGAACACGUUCCUCCACGGCCAGUGGGACCCGUCCACCGGUGGCGUCAACAUGCGCGCCAACCAGACUUGGAGCACGACCGACGUGACCAAAAUCCAGGGCCAGCUCUCCUCCACCCCCGGCCAGACCAUGUUCCAGAUGGAGCACGACCACCUCGGCCCCCACUACUCGCUCAACCUCAAGACGAUCAACCCCUCGCCCCUCGACGGCACUGGCCUCCACUUUGUCUCGCUCCUCCACUCGUUUACCCCCCGCCUCUCGCUCGGCUUUGAGACCAUCAUCCAGAAGACGGGCCCGAACGAGCUCAUCCCCGCCACAUCGUACCUCCUCAAGUACUCGUCCGUGGCCCAGCCAAAGCCCACCACUCAGGACGUGCUUCCCCCCUCGGCCCCCGCCGCGCCUGGCGCCCCCUUCGUCCCCACCUGGGCCGCGACUGCCCAGCUCCAGCCCUCGGGCAACAUCCAGACGACGUACUACCAGAAGCUGAGCGACAAGGUUGACGUCGCCCUCGACCUCCAGACCAUGAUCCAGCCUCAGUCGUUCAUGGGCCCCGCCAAGCGUGAGGCCCUCGCCACCCUCGGCGCAAAGUACGAGUUCCGCAUGGCGACGUUCCGCGGCCAGAUCGACAGCAACGGCAAGGUCGGCAUGCUCCUCGAGCAGCGCUUCACCCCCGCGUUUGCGUUCCUCGUCGGCGGCGAGAUCGACCACGCCAAGAACUCGAGCCGCUUCGGCGUCGGAGUCAUGAUCGAGUCGAGCACCAUGUCUCCCGAGGAGAUGCAGGCUGCCGGCAUGCUCCCCCCGCAGUAA